GGAGCGGGGUGCGAGGCGUUAGGACCCGGCGGCGGCUGGGCGGCGCGGCGCCGGGGCCGGAGCGGUGCGGGAGGAGCUGCCGCGCUGCUGCCGCCGCCGCCGCCGCCUCCUCCUCGCUCUCUCCUUCCUCCCGCAGCCGCCUCUGCCCGUCGAGGCAGCGCUCCCAGGCUCCCCCGGGGCGCUCGGCAUGAGGAGAAUCAGGGCCAAUGCCAUCGCCAUCCUGACCGUCGCCUGGAUCCUGGGCACUUUCUACUACUUAUGGCAGGACAACAAGCCCCGCUCGGCGGCCACCGGCAGGUCCGCCGGCAGCGGCGGCGGUAGCGGCAGCGCCCGGAGCGGGCAGAGGGCGGCCGGCAGGCUGGAGCUCCGCCGCGAAGAGAGAACCAUCCCCCUCAUCAUGACAAGGGCUCCCCAAGGAGAGAAGAAUAGCCGGAGGGGUUUUGAUGAAAAGGCUUACUUGUCCUCCAAGCAGCUGAAGGCCGGAGAAGACCCCUACCGCCAGCAUGCUUUUAAUCAGCUAGAGAGUGACAAACUCAGCAGCGAUCGGCCCAUUCGGGAUACCAGGCACUACAGGUGCACUUCUGUACGCUAUGACACAGACUUGCCAGCUACCAGCCUCAUCAUCACCUUCCACAACGAGGCACGCUCCACUCUGCUCCGCACAGUGAAGAGUGUCCUGAACCGCACCCCUCCCAGCCUUAUCCAGGAGAUCAUUUUGGUAGAUGACUUCAGUUCAGAUCCUGAGGACUGCCAGCUCCUUACCAAGAUCCCAAAGGUCAAGUGUCUACGAAACACCCGGCGAGAAGGGCUGAUUCGCUCUCGGGUGCGAGGAGCCGAAGUGGCUACUGCUGACAUCCUCACCUUCCUGGACAGUCACUGUGAAGUCAACAGCGAGUGGCUGCAGCCAAUGCUUCAGAGAGUAAAAGAGGAUUAUACCCGAGUGGUGAGUCCAAUCAUUGAUGUUAUCAGCCUGGAUAAUUUUGCCUACCUGGCAGCAUCAGCAGAUCUGAGGGGAGGGUUUGACUGGAGCCUUCACUUUAAGUGGGAGCAGAUUCCUAUAGAGCAGAAGAUGUCCAGAACAGACCCAACUCAGUCUAUAAGAACCCCCGUUAUAGCAGGAGGCAUCUUUGUGAUUGACAAGUCCUGGUUUAACCACCUGGGAAAAUAUGACACUCAAAUGGACAUCUGGGGAGGAGAAAAUUUUGAACUCUCUUUCCGAGUGUGGAUGUGCGGCGGCAGCUUGGAGAUCGUUCCCUGCAGUCGAGUGGGACAUGUGUUCAGGAAACGCCAUCCCUAUGACUUCCCUGAGGGCAAUGCACUGACUUACAUCAAGAACACCAAGCGCACAGCAGAGGUGUGGAUGGAUGAAUACAAGCAGUACUACUACGAGGCCCGACCAUCUGCCAUUGGGAAGUCGUUUGGAAGUGUUGCAGAGCGAGUGGAGCAGCGACGCAAACUGAACUGUAAAUCCUUCCAGUGGUAUCUGGAGAACGUCUACCCUGAGCUCAAGAUUCCUGAAAAGGAGUUGAUUCCAGGAAUAAUUAAACAAGGAGGAAACUGCCUGGAGUCUCAAGCACAGGAUACCACAGGGAAUACAUUGGUUGGCAUGGGAAACUGUAAAGGGACUGUGAGCAAUCCACCUGUCACUCAGGAGUGGGUAUUCAGUGACCCUUUAAUUAGACAGCAGGACAAGUGUCUUUCCAUUACCUCCUUCUCUAUGGGCUCUCACAUCACACUGGAAGCCUGCAAUCAAAAAGAUGGCAGACAGAAGUGGAAGAUGAAAGGCAGUUUCAUUCAACACUUUGUCAGCGGUCUCUGCCUGGAAAACCAGACUGGGAGAGUGGUGACCAACCCUUGCCAAGCAGGUGUACAUGGCCAACAGUGGGAGCUGCUACAAGCAACAUGAUGGUAGCACAGAGAUCUUGUUUCUUUGUGCAUGAAACCUUGGGAACAAAGGGCGAUUGAGAAGGGAGGAAUGGUUUUGUAUGUCUGACCCUAAGUGUUUUCAUUGUGCCCAUCAGCAAGCCACCAUUUCAGCUGACCGCUUGGUGUUUUUGAGCUUUUCAGAGGAGAAGCUGGAGUGAGAGAGGGAUGAGGAGAGUUGUUGAAAUCUUCCCAUCUGUUGUCUUAAGCUCUCCUUUGUAGCUGAUGUCUGUGCACAGCUGCACCCAGAGAAGGGAGAGGACCCAGCCCAAUAUUCAGUGACCAGAGCUGCCUUGCAGCUCUCCCCAUCUGUUCCUUUCUCUGCAUCCAGAGUUCAUGACCUUCAGUCCAACAGCUUUGACAAUGAUUGUACAAACAUUGGUAGCUCUUCGGCUUCCCUGGCUUUUUGCUCUAACAUCGUGCGUUUAUGCAUGUGUGUCUCACAGUGAGGAGUGGCCAGAAGAAGGGUCAUCAUGACAAGUGGAGGGUCUCGAAAGGAACUAGCAGACUCUGAGGUUUGUAACCUCUUUGUAGCAGGCCCAUUCCUUCCUCUGCCCACAGCAGCUGCGCUACAGCCAAAUGAGCUGAGCUUGGCACAAUGCUGACAAGAGAGCCAGAAAAGGGACAAUCUGUUUUAGCAGCAUAACCAGGGCUUGUUUUGGGGAUCAUUCCCUAUUGAAUUAUUUCUUCCAGUUUUUUACGGGUAGAAGGCCAGCCCUGCCUCCAUGCUCAGCUGGACCUGGGUUCAGGAUACCACACUCCUGUGCAGCUUUUGAGAGAUGGGUGCCAACACUUUGGGAUGCUGGGGAAACUGGGACUGUUCUCUUGCUGCUCUUCCUGAUGCUACCAGGCACUGCUGCACCCCACACUGAGGGAGAUGUGCAGGGCUGUGUGGGCAGCACACACUGGCAGUGCAACUGCGCUUGGCUCAGGCCAGUGGCAGGAACCCACCCAGUUCCCCGCUGUGAGAGGCAGGAGGAGACAGGCCCUGGGUUGUCACAGGCUUCCUGCUGCUGGCUGGGCAGGAGCACAGCCCUCUUGCUGGCUCUCCGGCUCCAUGUGGCCCUUGUGAGUGCAGCCUGGCAUGACAAGCCACCCAGUUGUUCUGUCUAGUUGCUUUUCCUCCUCGCUUUCAGAAAAAGGAGAUGAAAGGGUCUGGGCCUGUUCCACUUGCGAUGCCCAGCCCUCCUCCCAGUAGGCAUCUUGGGGAGGUUAGUUGGUGAAGCUGAAACUGCCCCCUGCACAAAUGCUGCCGCAGUACAGGCCCUCCUGUGUGUUCUGGAAAUACCAAACACAAUUGGUGUGUCUAGCUAGCAUCCCAGUCCUGCUCUCAGUUACCAGUCAGCUGUAGCUGAGUGUGGAUUUUCAGACUUGCCAGGAGAAACUUUCCUAUUCAAAUAAAAAGAAAAAUCCCCACAACCUUACCUUUUCUUACUAGAUCUGUAGAAUUUUCCUCUUGGUGCUAGGUUUUGUAAACCAACCCUCCUUCCUAUCCAAGAGCCUGGCAGGGGAACCAGGUGGUGGGGCCACCUUCAGUAGGCAAUUCCUAGUCUGGAUCCUUUCUGAUCUGGUGUAGAAGAAACAGGAUGUUCAUUUGGAUUAUAAACAGCUGGCUGCUUUUAAUCAUGUUUGUAUGAUUUUUUCAUUCUUUCUCCUGGCUUGGUAUUAGCCCAAACAGUUGACAAAAGAACAGAUACUGUUCUUCAUACAUUGCAUGUCCUCAGAAGUGCUUGUGUGAGAACUAGACCAUUUGUUUUCCGUUCUUGGUUCUUUCAUUUAAAAAAAAUAAAUCAGUCAUGUGGCAGGAGCUCUUUUCCUGUUUCCCCCUUCACUUUUGAUGUCAGCUCAUCAUCUUGAUGCUGAUUAACCAAAUGAAUGAUUUGCCCACUGUGAAAACUCUAGAGGCAGUUUUUAGUCCCAAGCUUACAGCAUGAUGCAGCUACCCUUCUGUGUGGGAAUUUUCCCACUGAUUCUGCAGAAAUUUCUCUUUCCCUUUGUAGAGGUGCUUUGGGCCUGAACCACUGAGGCCAUGAAAGAGCAGAGAAGGAAAGUAAACAGCCUAGAAACAGAAAGAAAGCAGGGCAGACAGACCCCAUCAGGGGAGAAAGAUGCCAUCCUACUACCAGCUGCCUUUUUAAAUAAGAAUAUGCAGGAGAUGCUACUUCCAGGCAGUAGGAGACAGGAACAGUCAAGUUCUCACAUACCUGGCUUGAAAAGAAGUUGAUGCAAAGAUAGGUGAAAGGCCAUUGAGCAGGCUCUGUAUGUAAGCUCUGUAUACAAUGAUGUGCUAAAGGAUUACAUGUUUUCAUCAAAAUGCCUCCUAAGUGGACCUUCUGAGCUUUCCCCAUUUCACUCUCCAGCAGCUGAAGGGUUGCAGCUAACAGCGUGUUCACUCCUCCACCAGGUACUGCUUCCUUCCUCCUUGCUCCUACUGCUUUCUUGCAGUUCCUUCUUCAUAACCGUGCUGGAACUAGGACCCAGCUCCUCUACAAACGGUUCUCCUGACUGCUGCAGACCACAGAAACUCUGCUUGUAUCCAGUUUCCAAGCUCUGGGCCAGCCCUGGUUCAAAAGGCUCUUGCAACACACUGGCUACUGCUCUUAACUUCAUGCUUGGCUCCAAUGUUGGAGGUUAGUGACCACUCCCAGAGCAGAGGUACCUGGACCAGCUGUGUUGAUUCGUGCCUCUCUUCCUACUGCUCCUCACCACCUGACAGAAUGGGAGCUGUCAUCCAUAUGGGGCUGGGAGCUGGGGCAUCUGAAUGUUGGACACCCUCCUUCAGCUGCCUCAGACUGGGAAAGAAAAGGGAAGAAGUGGGUGUAUGCUGGAUGUCAAUAACUGAAAUUGCUGCUGGAGUCAGGGGCUACCAGAGCCCUAACUGUACCUGGUUUUGGACAUGUUCUCCUGAGGUCACAUCCCCAUGGCUUAUUCUGCUGUCAGCUAAUGCACUGCCCGCAGGGCCUUCCUGUAGACCCAGUGCAGACCUCCCUCCACAUGGCCAAGGACGUGCAUUACUAAAGGCUGCUUUCAAGUGUGGGCAAACUAAACUUCUCAGAAUAAACAGUCUUGUCAGUCCAAAUGCAUUAUCAGCAUACUUUGCAUUUCUCUUGCACUGAAGGGAAGGAGAAAUGAUGUUAUUUGGUCUUUUCUGUGAUUCUGUGAUUCUUUUUUUACCCACCAAGGUCCAUGCAGUACCAUUUUUUGGAACAGGACUCCAGUGGGGCUUUUGAAAGCAAACUGACUGAGUUCUCAAAUUUGGCCUAGUGAUUUGUUUCUUUAUCAGUCAGAACAAGCAGCUGCUCACCCUUGUUUUCCUGUUUAUUUUAAACAGCCCCCUAGACUGUCAAGACAGAGCAUUUGCAUUGGUAAUACCUCUUAAGAAAGCUGUUAUUGUGUUAGAUUACCCAAUGUAAUUUCAUGUGCUGUGAACCAAUGGGGGUUUAUUUAAGAGGAGCUGAAACUACUGUUGCACAGAAAUCAAUUUCAAAAGGUUUAUUUUCCCCACUCACGUGUAAGUUGUACUUUGCCAGAUGUAAUUUAUGUGGAGCCCAGAUUUGUUUUCCCUUUUCUUGAAGAAAGCAUGUGCCAGAAUCUGUUUAAUGCCUGGAAUAAAAUCCACUUUGAAACAAG